AUGACGGAGAAGGUCGACGACGGUAGAAGAGGCUUGGUGAAGGGAGAAAAGAGGAAAGAAGAGAGACAGGCAGAGAGGAUAAUACAGUGCUGGGACGAGAAGAGCACAAGAAUCUUCGCUGAAAGGACGGAGGAGAUUAGUCUGUCUGAAGAGGGUUUGCUGGAGAAAUGGGAGGAACUAAGAGAUAAGAUGAAAAGGGCGUUAGCAGAGCUCUGUGAGAAGAAGAGAGAAGAGUGGAGUAAAAGGGAAAUAGAGGAGUUGAAUGGAAUUAGGACGGAGUCAGAAGUUUGGAAAUAUAUUAACAAAGAAAGGAAGAUCGGGGACAAGGUGAGUGAAGAGAUAUCCAUGGAGGGUUGGAGGCAGCAUUUCAUGGGUGUGUUAGAGGGGACAGAUGAAAGGAUUCUAGAGGAGGAAAGGAGAGGGGGUGACGACGAGGAGGACCUCACGGACGAAGAAACUGAAAAACAGAUAAGGAGAUUGAAAAGGGGGAAAGCGGCGGGACCGGAUAGCAUAAAAAGCGAGGCCUGGAAGUUCUACAGUACGGCCUAUAAGAUCUAUGCGGCGGUGCUGGCGGAGAGAUUGAUGAAGGAUGUGGUGGAGAAGCAGAUCCUUCCGGAGACCCAAGCUGACUUCCGGAAGGGAAGAGGUGUAAUGGAUAACAUCUUCAUCUUGAACCACCUGGUCGACAGGGAGCUGAAUGGCGCCGGAAAGAAGGUGAAUGCCUUCUUUAUUGAUUUAAAGGGGGCCUUUGACAGAGUGGACAGGAGUGUGUUAUGGAGGGUGAUGGGCGAGAGAGAGGUAAGGAGAGAACUUACGGAGAGGGUGAAGCAAAUUUACCAGGAGACACAUCUGGAGGAGGAGUUGGCCCGGGGGUUGGUAGGAGGCAUGAGAAUUGGGCAGGGCAGGAUUUGGACACUGGCCUAUGCAAAUAAUAUCGUUCUGCUGGCCAGAGAGGAGGAGGCGCUAGAAAAAAUGAUUAAGAGGCUGGAGAAGUACUUGAGGAAGAGAAAGCUGGAACUGAACGUGGGAAAAUCCAAGAUCUUGAAAUUCAGAAGGGGAGGGGGUGUGGAAAGAGAGAAAGACUGGCUCUAG